CACAUUCAAAACUUCACAGUGUAGUCUCACGGUGUGCCCUUCACUUCUUCACAUUCAAAACUUCACACUCCCAUCUUGAAUCAGCCUCUCUCUCUCUCUUUCUCUGGCCUGUUUCAGGCUUUUGAUCCUCCAAGCAGAAGACCAAACUCUCUCUCUCUCUCUCACUCUCUCUCUGUGGCCUGUUUCAGGCUUUUGAUUCUCAAAGAAGAAAACCAAAUUCCCCCUCCUCCAACCAAAUGGCAGACUCUGUUCCAAGAUCAAUUGAAUCAUGCAGGCCCCCAACUCUCCCUUUACCCAACAAAACCAGAGAACCCAUCUGCUCAAAAGGCCUCCAUUCCACUGUAACACCCCCUCCUCAUUGGGAAAAGGCCUCAGAGGCCUUCAAAACCAGCCAUUUUGAAGAAGUGUUCCGAAUGAUCUCCCAAUUCAACCAAGCCCAGACUGUAACCCUCCAAGGAACCUCUCUCACUGUAGCCCAAGUGACUGCCAUCACACGCCAAACUGGUGUCUCGGUCAACCUUGAUGAGCACACUGCUCGAGCCAGGGUGGCUAGGAGCGCAGACUGGGUGCGUGAAAACAUAGCAAGGGGCACCGACACCUACGGUGUGACCACUGGCUUUGGGGCCACCUCUCAUCGCCGGACCUCUAAGACCACUGACCUCCAAACCGAGCUCAUUCGCUUCCUCAAUGCGGGUGUCAUCAGUAAAGAGCAUUUGCCUGUUGCUUAUGCAAGGGCAUCCAUGGCAGUUAGGACCAAUACACUUAUGCAAGGCUAUUCGGGUAUACGAUGGGAAAUCCUUGAAGCCCUUGCUAAGCUCAUAAGCCUCAAUCUCAUUCCCAAAAUUCCACUUCGUGGGACUAUUACGGCCUCUGGUGACCUUGUUCCUCUCUCUUACAUAGCCGGCCUUCUCACAAACCGGCCGAAUUCUCGAGUUUUGACAAAAGAUGGGGAGGAGAUAUCAGCUUUGGAGGCUUUGAAGAGAUCAGGGAUCGAAACACCAUUUGAGUUGCAGGCCAAGGAAGGGCUUGCGCUUGUUAAUGGGACAGCUGUGGGUGCGGCUGUGGCUUCUUCAGUUUGUUUCGAUGCGAAUUUGCUUGCUCUUUUGGCCGAGGUUCUCUCUGCUCUGUUCUGUGAAGUUAUGCAGGGGAAGCCCGAGUUCACUGACCCGCUCACUCAUCAAUUGAAGCACCAUCCAGGCCAGAUUGAAGCUGCUGCAGUAAUGGAGUUUCUUCUUGACCAGAGUGAUUACAUGAAUGAAGCUAAGAUCAAGCACGAGAAGGACCCGCUCACUAAGCCUAAACAGGAUCGUUACGCUCUGAGGACUUCACCCCAAUGGCUUGGCCCUCAGAUAGAAGUGAUUCGGAUGGCUACGCACUCGAUAGAGAGGGAAAUAAACUCGGUCAAUGACAACCCAUUGAUCGAUGUAGACAGAGACAUGGCUCUUCAUGGAGGAAAUUUUCAGGGCACCCCAAUUGGGGUAUCCAUGGAUAAUCUGAGGAUUGCCAUUGCUGCAAUUGGUAAGCUCAUGUUUGCACAAUUCUCAGAAUUAGUAUGUGACUAUUACAACAAUGGGUUGCCUUCGAAUUUGAGUGGGGGCCCAAACCCGAGCCUCGAUUAUGGGAUGAAAGGUGCGGAGAUAGCCAUGGCUGCUUACACCUCAGAGCUUCAGUAUCUGGCGAACCCCGUCACUACCCAUGUCCAAAGUGCAGAGCAACACAACCAAGAUGUGAACUCUUUGGGCCUCAUAUCAGCUCGAAAGAGCGCUGAGGCCAUAGAGAUACUCAAGCUCAUGUCUGCAACUUUCUUGGUGGCUCUUUGCCAAGCUGUUGAUCUGAGACAUUUAGAAGAGAACAUGAGAGAGAUUGUCAAGCAUGUGGUGCUGCAAACUGCUAAGAAAACUCUAUACAUGGAAGAGGACAACGGAUCUUUGUUAGAUACGAGAUUCUACGAGAAGGAGCUUCUUCAAGUGGUGGAUCACCAGCCGGUUUUCUCUUACUUGGAUGACCCAUCGAACCCAUCUUACGCUCUCAUGCUUCAACUUCGUGAGGUCUUAGUUGAGAAAUCUCUAAAGAGUAACACAGAAGCUGAUGGGUUUUCCAUAUUCAAGAGAAUUGGGGUCUUUCAGGAAGAAUUGAAGGUUAGAUUGAGUGAGGAGAUACCAAAGGCCAGAGAGAGGUUUGAUGCAGGGGACUUUCCAGUGCCAAACAGGAUUAAGAAGUGCAGAACUUAUCCUAUUUACAAGUUUGUGAGGAAUGAGAUGGGGACUGCUCUGCUUAGUGGGACUAAGCAGAUUAGUCCUGGUGAAGAGAUAGAGAAGGUUUAUGAGGGAAUUAGUGAGGGGAAACUAGGGAAGGUUUUGUUACAGUGUUUGAGUUUAUGGAAUGGGUUAGCUGGGCCAUUUACGCCACGUCCAGUGCCCGCGUCGCCUGCACAUUGCAACCCAACAUACUGGGCCUGGUUCGAGAACACGAGGUCGCCUUCGGCUACAAGUGGUAGGGGCUAUUGGAACCUGUAAAGCUCCUUCUAUAACAUUGAGCUGCUCCCCUCUCUCUCUCUGAACCUUGUAUGAGAAUAAGUUCCUCUGUUUUGUUCUUUUUCUUACUGGUUUUUUCUUCGAUUGGUCUAAUUGUACACGGAUUCUGAAUAUUGUUUUCUUUCUGAGAAAGAUUAAUGAAGGCUAAGAAUUCAAUCUUGAUCAAAUU